AUGGACCCUCGACACAGCGCCCAGGAUGUGGUGCGUUGUGAUGUGUGUGAAACACCUGUCCCCCCACUACACUGUGACUUCUGUCAGACCAAUCUCUGCAAAGCUUGUGUUGGGGAGCAUAUACUAGAUUUAUCCCGAAAACAUCAGGUGGUAUCGUAUCGAGACCGAGGAACCACUCCAAAUUAUCCUAAUUGCUCAGAACAUGUAAAAGAACAAUGUAAACUUUACUGUGAACAAUGCGACAUUUCUGUUUGUGUUUAUUGUAUCCCCACUCAAAAUCACCAAAGUCAUAAGUUGGUAGACAUUUUGAGCAUUACUGAAAGAAAAACGAAUGAGUUACAAAGAGAUUUGAAAGAAUUAGAAAAAUCCCUUUAUCCUAAAUAUCAAGAAAUUGCAAGCAACAUCCCAAUUCAGAAAACUGAGCUAAGUAAAAACUACCAAAAAUUGACAACAGCAAUUGACAAACAUGGAGAAGACUUGCACAAACAAAUCGACCAUAUGAUCCAAAAACUGAAAUCUGAUCUUGAUGUAAUAGACUCAGAACACCUGGUCGUCUUAAAUAAACAGUAUGAUAAAAUUAUACGCACCAUUUCUGAAAUCACACAGAGCAUUGCUGAAAUAAAGAAAUCGUUAGACUCCAAUGAUGUUAGCCUUGUUUCUUCCUACAAAUCAAGGAAUGCUGAAUUUAGAAAAUUGCCUCUUAGGCUCAAACUUCCUCUACCAAACUUCACACCCAAGAAAGUAAACACAGAACAACUUUACCAACAGUUUGGUUCCCUGUCAGCAUUCUUCAAUUCAACAGAGGAAGACGGCUAUACAAGGGAAACUUCAGAGGCAGGAUUAUCUCCUCUUAAAGUACUGCUUGAUAAGCCACAUAUUAUCAGUACUGCCGAUACACAGUGCACACGCAUAUUGAGUGUUGCUUGUCACAGUGAUGAAGAAGUCUGGACGUGUAGAUACACAGACAACAUAUUGAGACUUUUCAACCUGCAAGGAGAACUAGUGAGGUCCACCCAAACCACGCCAGGGGGCAGAGCAUCGGACAUAGCAGCAACAGAGAGUGGGAAUCUAGUUUAUAUUGGAGGCAUGGAUAGAACUGUAAAAAUAUUAAAGAAUACAGAGAUACAGACAGUGAUCACACUACAGGAGUGGAGUCCUUGUGGUGUCUGUAGUACCUCCUCUGGUGACCUCCUGGUUGCCAUGAUCAGUGAUGAUAAAGAAGCAAAAGUUGUGCGUUACGCUGGGGACACAGAGAUACAAAGUAUUCAGUACAAUGCCAAAAGACGUCUCUAUUCAUAUUAUGGAGAAAAAUACAUCAGUGAGAACAGGAACCUAGAUAUCUGUGUGUCAGACUAUGGAGCCCGUGCAGUAGUGGUGGUCAAUCAGGCCGGGAAACUCCGGUUUACUUAUACUGGUCCUCCCUCUACUACCUGGGGAUCAUUUAGUCCAUAUGGCAUCACAACAGACAGCCAGGGGCGGAUCCUGACAGCAGACUUCAACAACCACUGUGUCCACAUCCUGGAUCAGAACGGACAGUUCCUCCGCUACAUUGACAACUGUCAUUUACAGAAACCAUGGGGUUUAUGUGUAGACACCAGAGACAACCUCUUUGUGUCUGAGUUCCACACAGGUAAAGUGAAAAAAAUACAAUAUUGCAAAGAAAAAAAUUGAUUUUAUCAUAAUCAAGUGUCGUUGACGGGGCAUAUAAAUCAGAGCAACUUUCAUCGUAACCCGCAAACAGAAACUUUUACUAAAACGCACUUACGUGUGUUACGUUCACGUUUACGUCAACGUUUUCGAUCUCACCACGUAAGUGAAACGGUCGCCAGAGACAAUCUCACUGUGCCCGAGUAAGGUGAAAAAAAUACAAUGUUGCGAGUAAACAAUCUGUAUCUUAUAAAAGUAACACAAACACAUACUUUUGCACCCAAACAAUGUGUAUUAGUAUUACAGUUACUAUUGUUCAAUAUGAUGUGCGUUUAAUGUAAACAAACUGCGUGCAUAAUGUGUUUAAUUGUCUCUACUUCUCUUAUGUAAGUUCAUAUCAAGUUUCUUUAAGACCUUGUGUGGACAUGCAUUUAGUUCAUUAAACAACAUGUUAAAAUGCAUGUAAACAAUUUGUCUGUGUUUAUAUUACUUGUUCAUGGUUAUCUUCGUGUACACUGACUGUCUCCUUAUGUUCUUUAUUGUCAAUUUAUUUGUUUCAUAUGUGCAAGUUAGUUAUAUUUGUUUAAUUUUACUGAUCUUUGUAAGAAAGACAGAUGAAUUCUAUACAUUAAUUCAAAACAUGUUUGUUGAAUAUUGAAAAGUACAAAACAAUUAACAGGGUAUAUGUUACAUAGUACCAGCAAUCAAAUACAUUAAAAUUAACUAAAAGUAAGCGUGAUUACAUAAAGAGUUUUAAUCUCUACAGUUCUGCAGUUUCUUUA